AUGGCGUUCACGCUUCUUUCGGUCAGCAAGCUCGAUCGUGCGGGAUGCAGGAUCAAAAUCGAGGGCGGGAUAUUCACCAUCGCACAGGUCGCAGCGGCCACGACUCCGAAGAUAUCGAUCACGGAGUUGCACAACCGGAUGGGCCACAAGCACCAUGACGCUCUGAAGCGUAUGGUGGUCGAGGGCCGAGUCACCGGCAUCAACCUCGACAUGGACUCGAAGCCCGAGUUCUGCGUCGGGUGUCUGGAGGGGAAGGCGAAGAAGAAGCCGUUCCCCCAGGUGGGCACCUACGAGGACGUCAAGGCGUAUGGUGACAAGGUCGUAUGCGACUUGCAGGGCCCC